AUGGAAAAAGGAGACGACAGGAAGAAAACUUUAUGCGGCACGCCGAACUACAUUGCGCCUGAGGUUUUGGAGAAGACCGGUCAUGCGUUUGAGGUGGAUGUAUGGGCUUUGGGUUGCAUUCUCUACACUCUUCUCGUCGGCACACCACCAUUCGAAACGAAGUCACUUCAAGAAACGUAUCGACGCAUCAAAAGCAAUCAAUAUCGCAUCCCAUCUACCAUCGGAAACACAGCUGCAAAGGUGAUCCGGGAACUUCUAGCUGCAAAUCCAGCUAGUCGACCAAAGAUUGCAGAAGUGAAAAAGUAUGCCUAUUUUGCCGAAUACACACCAACACAUCUACCCACAUCUUGUCUCACGUUGCCUCCAAAGUUUUCAAAGAUGUCGAGCGAUUGUUAUGCACAGGAACUCUUCAAUAAACUACGCGCAACUCUACUCAAGGGUGGAACACGCAACAUUUCACCAAUUGAAGAUUUGGCUGAAGCACCGGAGUGUAUGCCCGUCUUUUGGGUCAGCAAAUGGGUGGACUACUCCGAUAAGUAUGGCAUCGGAUAUCAGCUAUGUGACAACUCGGUUGGCGUUCUCUACAAUGACAAUUCACGUUUGGUGCUCGAUGCUGCUGGUCUCAACUUGCAAUACGUUGAACGGGACAACUACGAGGAAUACUUCAUGAUGAACAAGGACUUGGAGCGAAUGAAACAUUUGGAGAAGAAAACGACUCUACUCAAAUUCUUCCGCGACUACAUGAACCAACACCUCCUGAAAGCUGGAGAGAAAUUUGCACCAAAGGAAGGUGAUGAGCUGGCUCGUCUCCCAUGUCUUCGCAGUUGGUUCCGCACUGGCUCAGCGAUCGUUUUGCACCUCACAAAUGGCACGCUACAGAUCAAUUUCUUCAACGAUCACACCAAGCUCAUCUUAUGCCCACAUCUUGGCGCCGUCACGUUUAUUGAUCGCGAGAAGAAGCUGCGCACCUUCAAAUUGGAGUUACUUGAAACACAUGGAUUCGAUGUUGAUUUGCGAUCGCGUCUCAAAUACGCCGAGGGAAUGAUCGAACGAUUGAUGGCAAAAACGAAUGGGACCACCAAAUCGGAAGUUUCAAGCACCAGCGGACAAGUGGCAUGGUCAAGCGGAGUCAGUUCUCUCAAAGCGAAGCCUCAAUCAUCGCAAAUC